CCCACCAGGCCAGCGUAAUGCGAAUUUGAAUGUAAACACGCGCAGUGCGAAUAAUAAAUGAGUACGAAAUAACAACACAAUGUCCGUGUGGCUUACUCUUAUAAAGAGUUCGCAUUGGGGCAUCGGGUGCACGCCGAAACCUGUUUUUUUGCAAGUGCGGAACUCUCGCACGGAGUCCACUGAGGAGGACAAGCGCAGUGACGACAGCCGACCGCUCAGCCACGCCUCCGACUUCAGCAGGGAUAAUAUCUUGUCGCUGAGCAACGCGCCGCGCCGCAGCCGCCGCGGCAUCGCGCCGUGCAGCGAGGCGCAGCGGCCGCUCACGCGGUACCUGCCCGUCGAUAGAGACGACUUCGACCUCAGGCGGCACGUCGAGUCCGCCGGUCACCAGAUCGAGGUGUGCCCGUACGUGUCGGUGACGUCGACGUCGUGCCGCGGCUACCUGCACAAGCUCGGCGCCAAGUUCCACACAUGGUCCAAACGGUUAGUACCUACCCUCAAGAUUGUGGCGGUACAAUUAGUACCGCCAUUUCGUCUGCGAUGCGGUGCGAAGCGACGGUGA